CGCCGCAGCGGCUGAAGCAGGAAGGGAGCGUGGCGGUGAUUUACAGGUGUUUUUGUAUAAGAUGGGAAUUUUUAUUGCACUUAUUGGAAUCUGGGUGAGCUCUUCCCUAGUAAAAGCAGAUUCAAAAGCAGUGACGACUUCCUUGACUACUAAGUGGUUUUCCACACCUUUAUUACUUGAAGCAAGUGAAUUUUUAGCGGAAGAAGGUCAAGAGAAAUUCUGGAGUUUUGUUGAAACCUGUCAAGAUUUUGGAUCAUCUAAUCAUGAUGGUACUGAAUAUUCCUAUUACAAUGCAGUUCUGAAGGCGGCUUCCCAGAAUCUUUCACCUUUGCAACAGAACUUGUUGAAAUUUGCUUUGUCUUUGCGUUCCUAUUCUGCUACUGUUCAAGCCUUUCAGCAGAUAGCUGCUGAUGAGCCCCCACUGAAGGGAUGUAAUGCAUUCUUUGUUGUCCAUGGAGAGAAGACUUGUGAAUUUGACAAACUUGGAAUACUUUUACAAACAGCUUCAGAAAGGCCGAAGCCUUUUUUGUUCAGAGGAGACCACAAGUAUCCAGUUUCAAACCCUGAAAGCCCUGUUGUAAUAAUGUAUGCUGACAUUGGCUCUGAGGAGAUGUCUAGAUACCACAAGCUACUUGUGUCAAAAGCCAAUGCAGGAAAAAUCACGUACAUCCUUAGGCAUUACAUUGCUAAUCCAAGCAAAGAAAAGGUCUACCUGUCAGGCUACGGAGUGGAGCUGGCCAUUAAAAGCACAGAAUAUAAGGCCAAGGAUGAUACCCAGGUGAAAGGUGCAGGUUCGAAUGCAACAGUAAUAGGGGAAAAUGACCCCAUUGAUGAAGUGCUAGGAUUUCUGUUUGGAAAAUUAAGACAGCUAUAUCCAACCUUGCAAGAAGAAUUAAAAGAAUUCAGAAAAUAUCUUGUUGAAAGUACCAAUGAAAUGGCACCAUUAAAAGUGUGGCAAUUACAAGAUCUAAGUUUCCAAAUGGCUGCCCGUAUUCUAGCUGCUCCCACAGUGGAUGCUUUGAUGGUCAUGAAAGAUUUAAGCCAGAAUUUUCCAACUAAGGCUAGAGCAAUCACAAAGACAGUUGUGUCAUCAGAACUUAGGUCAGAAGUUGAAGGAAAUCAAAAGUUCUUCAAAGGGACAUUAGGAUUACAACCUGGAGAUUCCGCCCUGUUCAUUAAUGGACUUCACAUAGAUCUAGACACACAGGAUAUAUUUAGUUUGUUUGAUGUGCUGCGGAAUGAAGCUCGUGUUAUGGAAGGGCUGCACAGCUUAGGAAUCGUAGGUCAUUCCAUGCACAAUGUGCUAAAGCUAAACAUCCAACCAUCAGACUCUGACUAUGCUGUAGAUAUCAGGAGUCCUGCUGUUUGUUGGAUCAAUAAUCUUGAAGUUGACAGCAAAUACAAUUCUUGGCCUUCCAGCGUCCAGGAGCUUCUGCGCCCUACCUUUCCUGGUGUAAUCAGACAGAUAAGGAAAAACUUUCAUAAUUUUGUACUCAUAGUGGACCCAUCCCAUGAAAACACUGCAGAAUUGCUCAGUUUGGCCGAAAUGUUCCUUAGUAACCACAUACCUCUGAGGAUUGGCCUAGUCUUUGUGGUUAAUGACUCAGAAGAUGUUGAUGGGCUACAGGAUGCUGGAGUUGCCCUUCUUCGAGCAUACAAUUAUGCUGCGCAAGAAGUGGAUAAUAGUUAUGCCUUUCAGACAGUUAUAUCUAUAUAUAAUAAAGUAGGUACAGGGGAGAAACUGCAAGUGGAACAUGUGGUGAGUGUUCUUGAGAAGCAGUACCCCUACGUAGAAGUAAGCAGCAUCCUGGGAGUUGAUUGUGCCUAUGAUCAAAACCGAAAGGAAGGACACGGCUAUUAUAAGCAGACUGGUGUGGGCCCCCUACCGAUAGUGCUUUUUAAUGGGAUGCCCUUUCAGAAAGAACAGCUAGAUCCUGAUGAACUGGAAACUGUGACCAUGCAUAAAAUACUGGAAACCACCAGCUUUUUCCAAAGGGCUGUGUACCUGGGUGAACUGUCAAAUGAUCAAGAUGUGGUUGAAUAUAUCAUGAACCAGCCUAAUGUUGUUCCAAGAAUCAACUCUAGAAUCUUAAUGGCUGACAGAGAGUACCUGGAUUUAACUGCAACUAAUAAUUUCUAUGUGGAUGAUUUCCCCAGAUUUACAAUUUUAGACUCCAAAGACAAGACAACAGCUGUAGCUAACAGUAUGACUUACUUGUCCAAGAAAGGGAUGUCCUCCAAGGAAAUCUAUGAUGAUUCCUUUAUUAGACCAGUGACUUUCUGGAUCAUUGGAGACUAUGACAAACCAUCUGGCAGGCAGUUGUUAUAUGAUGCAAUCAAACACCUGAAAUCCAGUAACCAUGUUCGGAUUGGCAUGAUUAACAACCCUAGUGAAGACCCAGCCAAUGAGAAUACAGUCAUUGCCAGGGCCAUAUGGGCAGCCUUGCAGACACAAACAUCUAACAUUGCCAAAAACUUCAUCACAAAAUUGGCCAAAGAGGAAAAUGCCAAGGAGCUGGAGGCUGGAGCUGAGAUCACUGAAUUUGCUGUUGGAGGUAUGGACAUCGAUACCUUUAAAGAUGCCUUUGAGUCUCCUAAAGUGGAUUUUAUUCUUUCUCAUGCGAUGUACAGCAGGGAUGUUCUUAAACUGAAGAAAGGACAGAGGGCAGUGAUCAACAAUGGAAGGAUUAUUGGCCCUUUGGAAGAUGGUGAGCUGUUUAACCAGGAUGACUUCCACUUGUUAGAAAAUAUUAUGUUAAAGACUUCUGGACAGAAAAUAAAAUCCCAUGUUCAGGAGCUAGGAGUGGAAGAAGAUCUUGCAAGUGACCUUGUUAUGAAGGUGGAUGCUCUUCUGUCUGCUCAGCCGAAAGGAGAGGCGAGGAUGGAAAACCUUUUCUUCGAAGUCCGACAUAGUGCAAUUAAGUUGAGACCAAAGGAGGGGGAGACAUAUUUUGAUGUUGUGGCUGUUGUUGACCCUGCUACUAGAGAUGCGCAAAGGCUGGCUCCAUUACUUAUGGUGUUGAACAAACUGAUAAACAUGAACCUCGUAGUUUUCAUGAAUUGCCAGUCCAAACUCUCUGACAUGCCUUUGAAAAGUUUUUAUCGUUACGUGUUGGAGCCAGAGAUCACUUUCACACCGGACAAAUUUUUCAUUCCUGGCCCGGUGGCCACAUUUUUGGACAUGCCUCAGUCUCCUUUGUUUACUUUGAAUCUAAAUACUCCAGAGAGCUGGAUGGUGGAGUCUGUAAGGACGACAUAUGAUCUUGACAACAUUUAUUUAGAGGAGGUGGAGAGUGUAGUGGCAGCUGAGUAUGAAUUAGAGCACCUCCUUCUGGAAGGCCACUGCUAUGACAUCACUACAGGGCAGCCUCCCCGAGGGCUUCAGUUUACACUAGGAACAUCAACAAGCCCUGUGGUGGUUGACACCAUUGUCAUGGCCAACUUAGGUUACUUCCAGUUAAAAGCCAAUCCUGGUGCCUGGAUUCUGAGACUCAGAAAGGGGAGAUCUGAGGAUAUCUAUAGAAUCUACAGCCAUGAUGGCACAGAUUCUCUUCCUGAUGCCAGUGAAGUUGUCGUCGUUAUCAACAAUUUCAAGAGCAAAAUUAUCAAAGUGAAGGUUCAGAAGAAACUAGAUAUGAUAAAUGAAGAUUUGCUAAGUGAUGGAACUAGUGAGAAUGAGUCUGGAUUUUGGGAAUCUCUUAAAUGGGGAUUUACAGGUGGACAGAAGAAAGAAGAGGUGAAGCAGGAUAAAGAUGAUGUGAUCAAUAUAUUUUCUGUGGCAUCAGGACAUCUAUAUGAGAGAUUCCUUCGCAUAAUGAUGUUAUCUGUGCUGAAACACACAAAGACUCCCGUGAAGUUCUGGUUCUUGAAGAACUACUUGUCACCCACAUUUAAGGAGUUCAUCCCAUAUAUGGCUGAGAAGUACAAUUUCCAGUAUGAGCUAGUCCAGUACAAAUGGCCACGAUGGCUUCACCAGCAAACAGAGAAGCAGCGUAUCAUCUGGGGUUACAAAAUCCUCUUUCUGGAUGUGCUUUUCCCCCUCGCAGUUGAUAAAUUCUUGUUUGUGGAUGCUGACCAGAUUGUUCGGACGGACCUCAAGGAGCUAAGAGAUUUCAACUUGGACGGUGCACCAUAUGGUUAUACACCAUUCUGUGACAGCCGACGAGAGAUGGAUGGCUACAGAUUCUGGCAGUCAGGAUACUGGGCAAGUCACUUGGCUGGAAGAAAAUACCACAUCAGUGCUCUCUAUGUGGUAGAUCUGAAGAAGUUCAGAAAGAUAGCUGCUGGUGACCGGCUCCGAGGACAAUAUCAAGGUCUUAGCCAAGACCCCAACAGUCUGUCCAACCUUGAUCAGGACUUGCCCAAUAACAUGAUCCAUCAGGUGCCCAUUAAAUCACUUCCACAAGAGUGGCUUUGGUGCGAAACGUGGUGUGAUGAUGUGUCAAAGAAGAGAGCAAAAACCAUUGAUUUGUGUAAUAACCCAAUGACCAAAGAGCCCAAGCUGGAGGCAGCUGUGAGGAUUGUCCCUGAAUGGCAGGACUAUGAUCAAGAAAUCAAGCAGCUGUACAGCCGUUUCCAACAAGAGAAAUCAACAGGAUCACUCUCUAAAACUAAUGAAACAGAGCAGCCAAGUCAAGAAGGAAUAUCAGCACACAUAGAAUUAUGAUCCACGGAAACCAACCAAGUGAGACUGUUCCAUAGACAAUUUUUCUAUCAAAUGCUAGUUUUUUCUAGUAUGUUUGCAAAACUGCUGAAUAAACUGAAAGGGGUUUUUGAUGUAUCUUGCUUGCUUGUUUGAAUUGAUUUCUGCAGAUGGAAUGGGAUCUGGAUGCUUAGAAUGAGUGUAACUGGCUUUAUUUGCACCUGGAUGAAGCGGAAGAGGAAUGUCAGGUUUCGGUAAUGUUUUGAAGCACCCUGGAAAGCAAGCAACAGGUCUGUUCAUCAACUUUUGGAAGAAGAUGCCACUGAACAUCAAGGUCGUGUUGGCUGUGUCUACCUUUCUGGCACAGCCA